AUGACAACCAAGUGGAAAAGUUAUAACCAAAAAAAAAGACUAAACCCCCCAGGAAGCACAAGCAUAGGAUUAACAAAGCGUAUUACCCUAGAAUCUGAAGAAAUAAGAAAGGGAAACCAAAUGAAAAGUAAAUACCGGACACCUAACUCAAAGGAGUUCAGUCAAGCCCCAACAGGAACAAGCCAAGACUACGAAGGAGUGAUAAGAGAAGACCAAUUUAGAGGUAUCCAAGCAGAAAGAAUAAGAAUCUUAACAGAAGUCGGCCGUGAUAUCCAAAGUGAAAAUACGGAGCAGAAAUAUAAUAUCUUCGAAAUAAAAACGACCAUAGAAAACAACUUCAGAACCCCUUCGUCUCCCCAUAAGAUAACCAGAAACUCUCCCCUGCAUAUUACACAGGGGAUUGAGAAUAACCGCAUCCCAACAAGCAAGAGAAAGAAAAAACUUCAUCAGAGGAAAAAAUAUGAGAAGAAGAGGUCUUCUAACCCAAGGAAGAAUCGGAGUAAUGGAAUCUGUAGAGACAAAACUUGGUACAGCAAAUCCGGAAUGGAAGAACAAGUGGGGACAACUCUCCAGGAACAGGAAGAUCAGAUAAGAAAGCAAAACAAAAAGCGAACUAUCACGACAAACCCAUAUAAAUCAGGAACAAAUACCAAAGAGGGAAACAACCAACAAAGGAAAGCGAACCUUCUUUGUGAACAAAUGAACAAUAAGCAGAAGAGAGAAUUUUCACAGAGCAAUCAGCAAAGAAUAAACAGUAACCUACUGGAAAAAGACUUCAGCCACGAGAAAAGAAAACAUGAAACCCCGCAAUAA